CUACCUGGCUAGAGGCCAUACUUUGAUUGGCGAAUUAAAGUAAUAAUUGAUUGUCCUCGAUUCCUAGUGGAGUCCCGAGGUUUAUCAAAAGUGUGUGUGGACGCGUUAUAUAAAGGGCUCCAGUUUUCAUUGCCAGAUGCACCCUCCACGAACAAAACCCAUCGUUGCCAGUUCAAUACAUUUCCUCCAGCAAGCACACAGAAGGAGAGGGAACGGAUAAGAUAGAGAGCAGAGCGAUGGACGCGAAGAGGUUGUUUCACAAGCUGAAGCCCUUCCUCGCUGUGGUGUUCUUACAGUUCGGGUUUGCGGGGAUGGACAUCCUCUGCAAGGCUGCCCUAAACAAGGGCAUGAGCAACUACGUGCUCGUCGUCUACCGCCACGCUGUCGCGACGAUCGUCAUCGUCCCUUUUGCAGUCAUCAUGGACAGGAAAACAAGGCCCAGAAUGACACUCCCCAUCUUCAUUAGGUUGAUGGUGCUAAGCUUAUUGGAGCCGGUCAUCGACCAGAACUUGUAUUAUUUGGGGAUGAAGCACACGACGGCAACAUUCGCUGCUGCCAUGUGCAACAUUCUUCCGGCCAUCACCUUCGUCAUGGCUUGGAUCAUGCGGCUUGAGAAGGUGAAACUGAAGAGUAUUCGGAGCCAAGCCAAGGUGUUUGGGACACUAGCGACGGUUGCCGGAGCGAUGAUCAUGACUCUAAUUAAAGGCCCUGUUCUCGAACUAUUUUGGACAAGAGGAGGAGGGACGACCGCCAACAACAUUCAAAACGGGAGUGCUGCUGGUGGGAUCAGCCUCCAGAACUCCAUCAAGGGUUCUCUCAUGAUCACUGCCGGAUGCUUCAGCUGGGCUUGCUUCAUGAUUCUCCAAGCGAUUACGCUACAAACAUAUCCAGCUGAGCUGUCUCUCACUGCUUGGAUAUGCUUUUUGGGGACGGUCGAGGGUGCCGCUGUGGCUCUGUUCAUGGAAAGAGGAAACGCCACCGUUUGGUUCAUACAAUGGGACACCAAAUUACUCGCAGCUGUCUAUAGUGGAAUAGUGUGCUCGGGAGUGGCUUACUACAUCCAAGGUGUGGUCAUGAAAGACAGAGGACCGGUUUUCGUCACGGCCUUCAAUCCUCUAAGCAUGGUCAUCGUGGCUAUCUUGAGUACCUUCAUUUUUGCCGAGCAGCUUUUCCUGGGGAGGCUCGUCGGCGCCGUUGUCAUUGUGGCCGGUUUAUAUCUGGUCGUGUGGGGCAAAGGCAAGGACUACAAGUCUUCUCCCGCGCCUACGGACGAGCACAAGGCGUUGCCGACGAAGUUCGUCGACCCGGGGGGCAACGGGAAGGAGAACUAUAGUCAUGAGAUGAUCACGAUCAGUACAUGUAAAGCCAAGGAAACUCCGGAAGCCAAUGAAAAUUGAUUGGCCAUUUGUAACUUUGACUUCUGUGGUGACAUGAAGCUCGUUAGUUAAGAAGAUUCUAAUUAAUCGUUUUCGAGAGA